CUCUGCUGGACCCCGCUCAGAGAGCCCUCUACAGGGAUGUCAUGCGGGAGAACUACGAGAUGGUGACCUCGCUGGGAUUUCCCCUUUCCAAACCUGACCUGAUCACCCGGCUGGAACGAGGGGAAGAGCCGUGGGUGCCCGAUCUCCAGGCCUGUGAGGAAAGAGAUAUCCCGAGAGGUGCCCACACAGCAGGUGAUGAGAGAGUGAGUGAGAACGAGGAGUGGAAUCAACAGCAGGAAGUUCCUGGACACGGGGAAUCACAGGGGACCUCUGUGGGAAGAACCCAUAAGUGCUUAGACUGUGGAAAAAGUUUCAUACGGAGGUCAACCCUACUUCAUCAUCAGGCAAUCCACACAGGAGAGAAAUCCCAUAAAUGUUUGGACUGUGGGAAAAGUUUCACACAAAGAUCAAAUCUUAUGGCACAUCAGGCAAUCCACACUGGAGAGAGACCCCAUAAGUGCUUAAUCUGUGGAAAAAGUUUCAUACAGAGGUCAAACCUUGUUAACCAUCAAACAAUCCACACUGGAGAGAGACCCCAUAAGUGCUUAAUCUGUGGGAAAAGUUUCACAUGGAGGUCAAACCUUAUUGCACAUCAGGCAAUCCACACCAGAGAGAGACCCCACAAGUGCUUAGAGUGUGGGAAAAGUUUCAUACGGAGAUCAACCCUACUUAAUCAUCAGGCAGUCCACACUGGAGAGAGACCUCAUAAGUGCUUAGACUGUGGGAAAAGUUUCAUACGGAGGUCAGACCUUGUUAAACAUCAAGCAGUCCACACCGGAGAGAGAUCCCAUAAAUGCUUAAACUGUGGGAAAAGUUUCAUACAUAGGUCAGUUCUUGUUAAACAUCAGUUAAUCCACACUGGAGAGAAAUCCCAUAAAUGUUUGGACUGUGGGAAAAGUUUCAUGCAAAGAUCAUAUCUUAUGGCACAUCAGACAGUCCACACUGGAGAGAGACCCCACAAGUGCUUAGAUUGUGGGAAAAGUUUCAAACAAAGAUCAAAUCUUCUGGCACAUCAGGCAAUCCACACAGGAGAGAGACCCCACAAGUGCUUAGACUGUGGAAAAGGUUUCAUACAGAGGUCAAACCUCGUUAGACAUCAGGCAAUCCAUACAGGAGAGAGACCCCACAAGUGCUUAGACUGUGGAAAAGGUUUCACACAGAGGUCCGGCCUUGUUAAACAUCAAGCAAUCCAUACAAGAGGGAAAUAUUAACAUUUAGAUUAAACUUGGGUGUAAUAAUGUCAUUGUAUAUAUAUCUCUCUCUUUAAAGUUUGUGGUAAACUGUUUAUGAACGGCUCUAUGGAUAAUUACCUUAUGUUAAUCCAUGUAGUUUUAUUACCUGUGAUGUUUGUGAAGUAGGAGGUUACUUCCAAAACCUAUUGUUCCCCCAAGGACUGCCUGCUGACGAGAGGCUGCAAAAAUGUCUAUAUAAACUCUUGGGACCUGAUCCUUUUAUCUCUGAUCUUCUUAAGCUUUAUUCAGGGCGAGUUUGAGUCGUAAGACUGAGAUCUCCAGUCCCCUCUGGACUGCCCUGAUAUUGAGCAUUUGGACAUUGGACUAGAACGUGAUGAAAUGAUUCUGAAAAAGACUCUCUUCAAUUCUAACGUGCCAUCUCUGUGGUGAAACUGACCUAAGGACUCUAUUCGCGUUUGUAUGUCUAAUGAUCUUUUAGCCAAUACUGUCUUUUCUUCUUUUAAUAAAUCGUAGUUUCGUUAACAAGAA